GAUGGUUCAUGCAACUACCAUAAGAUCAAAUGUGCAAGCCGGGUUAGAGUUCCAGCGAGAGAGGUGUGGGGACUGGGGACGCGAGCACUAAAAAGUUUCAGCUGCAAUCAUUGAGUGAAUGCGAGAAUGCCUUACAUCACACGACCAUCCCGGCAAUCUGAUUAUAAGAAAUUCCCGACUAGUUGCCCUAUCGUCAUCGAUAAUGGCGCUUCCAACUUCCGAAUUGGAUGGGCGGGAGAGUAUGAUCCUCGCCUUACUUUCAGAAACGUCGUUCAAAGGCCUCGCCACAAAACAACCGGUGAAACUGUCACAAUUGUUGGUGAUCAUGAUCCUGCAUUGAUGAGAUACUUCGAUUGCACUCGCUCAUCAUAUCGUUCAGCAUUUGAUAGCAAUGUUGUUUAUCAGUUUGAAAUAAUGGAAUAUAUUCUUGAUUUCGGGUUUGAGCGAAUGGGUGCCGAUGGAUCUCAGGUUGAGCAUCCUGUCCUGAUGACAGAAUGUGUAUGCAGUCCAGUCCAGUCUCGCAGCAAAAUGGCAGAACUUCUUUUUGAGACUUACGGGGUACCAUCAAUAGCUUUUGGUGUUGAUGCUGCAUUCAGCUACAAGUAUAACCAAGAACUUGGUCUUUGCAAUAAUGAUGGCCUUGCUAUUUGCUCAGGAUUUUCGACGAGCCAUGUUAUCCCAUUUGUAGAUGGUGAGCCCAUUUUUGAAGCGUGCUCCAGAACUAAUGUUGGUGGAUACCAUGUCACCGAUUACUUGAAACAACUUUUGUCACUUAAGCACCCAAAUCACAUGUCUAGCAUUACAUGGGAGAAGGUUGAAGAGCUGAAGAUGGAGCACUGUUAUGUAGCUCUGGACUAUGCCUCUGAAGCUAGAAUCUUUCAGAAAGGGGAAAAGGAAGCUGAAGAGAAAACAAGGCGUUGGCAGCUUCCUUGGGUGCCUCCAAUUGAAGAGUCACCAUCAGAAGAAGAAAUUGCCAGAAAGGCAGCUAUAAAGGAGAAACAAGGUCAGCGGCUGAGAGAAAUGGCUGCUGCAAAAAGAUAUUCUAGAAUAACGGAGUUGGAAAAUGAAUUGCAGGGUCUGGAAUUUCUUUUGCAGCAGCUUGAAAAUGUGGAAGAGGAUGAUGUUCCCUCUUUCCUGGUCGAGACUGGCUAUGGCUCCAAGCAGGAAAUUGAGUCUGCUGUUGUUAAGGUAACACAAUCUCUAAGAAAGGCAAAGGGAGAGCAAGUUGAAAUUGAGGAGAAACUGGAGCCUUCAAAUGCUGAGAAGUUUCCUCUUGUCAAUGUCCCUGACAAUGUGCUGUCCCCUGAGCAGCUGAAGGAGAAGAAGAAGCAGUUAUUUCUUAAGACCACAUCCGAAGGGCGGCAGCGAGCAAAACAGAAACGCUUUGAAGAGGAACAACAACGAGAAAGGCAAAAUCAACAAGACGAGGAAAAGCGUUUAGAGAACCCAGAGCUUUAUUUAGAACAACUACGUGCAAAACACAGAGAACUCUCUGAGAAAGUUGAGCAGCGGAAGCGGUUGAAGACAAAUGGGGCCCGUACAAAUGGGAAUCAUAAUUUUUCUGGAGGCGUUGGCCGUGGUGAGAGAUUGAAUGCUGCCCAAAAGGAAAGGAUGCGCCUUUUGACAACAGCAGCAUUUGAUCGAGGGAAGGGUGAGGAUACCUUUGGAGUCAGGGAUGAAGAUUGGCAACUCUACAAACUCAUGAGCAAGGAUAAUGAUGACGAUGACGAGGGGCAAGAUGAGGAUGAGGCUGAGCUUGUUCGUGUCACGUCUCGCCUGCAGGACAUUGAUCCAACAUUUGUUGCCAAGCCAGAAUCGAGUUCCUUUCAACCCAUUGCGGAGGUUCCACGCUACCGUCCUCUAACAAAGGAAGAUUUCCAGAUCACACUUGGGGUUGAAAGGUUCCGUUGUCCUGAAAUUCUUUUUCAGCCUAAUAUGAUUGGGAUUGACCAGGCAGGGUUGGAUGAGAUGACUGGGAUAUCAAUACAGAGGUUGCCCUCGAAGGGCAAUGGAAUAGAGGACAGAAUCACCAGUUCAGUCCUUGUGACUGGUGGGAGCUGUCUCUUCCCUGGUAUUGUUGAGCGCUUGGAAGCAGGCAUCCGGAAGAUUCGGCCCUUUGAGUCACCCAUAAGAGUGGUCAGGGCAUCAGAUCCAGUUCUUGAUGCAUGGAGAGGUGCCGCUGCUUAUGCUGCUGCUGCACAAUUCUCCUAUCAAACCUUUAGUAGGCAAGAUUAUUAUGAGAAGGGCGAAGAUUGGCUUCGGAGAUACCGAAUGAAGUACACAGUCUAACACAUGCUUUUGAAACAUGGAAUACUGGUGUCAACUCAAUUCAUGACUUGAAAAUUAUGCACAGAUGCUGGCUGUGUUAUCAAAUAUUUUCUAUUUUU